AAAUUGAACGAUGCCAUCCUUUCGAUUGUGGCAUGCUCGUCUCGUUGCAUCGUAGCGCUCGCAGACGGUACUGUGGCGAUUUUCGCACGUCUGGCGGACGGACAGUGGGACCUUACGCAAUAUUGGCUACUCACGCUGGGCGACCCUAAAUGUUCGGUGCGCUGCCUCAGCGCCGUGGGGUGCACUGUGUGGUGCGGAUACCGCAACAAAGUACACGUGAUCGAGCCGCGGUCGCGCGCGCUUUUAUAUACGCUAGAGGCGCACCCGCGCCAGGAGAGCCAAGUCCGCCAGAUGGCCUGCGAUGGAGAUGGCGUCUGGGUAUCAAUUAAAAUGGACUCCACUUUGCGCCUGUAUCACGCUCACACAUACCAACACUUGAAAGAUGUAGACAUCGAGCCGUACGUCAGCAAGAUGCUGGGCACCGGGAAGCUAGGUUUCUCUCUCGUGCGAAUUACUGCGUUACUCAUUAGCUCGGGUCGGCUGUGGAUCGGAACCAGUAAUGGCGUGGUCAUAUCCGUACCACUGUCGGAAGGCUCCAGUCGUGACUCUAUUGGAGGCUCCUUACCACCGACUAGUGGACGACCACCAAUACCAGGGCAUGCGACACUGGUCCGAGCGCGGUCCACCAGUCCUACAGGCACGAUUCCGUGGUGUUCGAUGGCGCACGCCCAGUUAAGUUUCCACGGACAUCGCGACGCCGUCACGUUUUUCGUGGCGGUCCCCGGAGCUGCAACGUCGCCUGCUCGUACCCCGGAGUCCCCCCGCCGCCAGUCCCCCACGCCGCCACCGAUGCUGGUCAUAUCUGGCGGGGAGGGCUAUAUUGAUUUUAGAAUAGCCGACUCCGAACUUGAAGACAGUGUGGUGGUAGCCGAGGAUGGGUCUUCUAGCGGCCACAGCUCAUUGGCUGAACGAGCUACAAAAAGUCACCUGGUUGUGUGGCAAGUGGCCACAGCUUAACGUAGGGCAAGCCGCGCACGCCCCAACUCGGAUUCAGACUUCGUUUACGUGUGUACCUCGACGAAACCUGCAGUUCUCGUCAAUUUGUAAGUGAAUAGGUACGUAUUUAAAGGUCUAGUGUAUAAACGUGUACCGACAGUAGCUGCCCUAAUAACCGUUAUUUGAUCUGAUACAACGUCAUUAAAAACCCUUUAAUUAUUUAUUUUUUAUGGAGUACAUAAUCUACAUCCAGGAACUAUGCACAUGCUACGUACAUACAAUACAGUAUGUCAUUUCAUGCCAACAAAUUAAAAAAAAUUGAAACUAGGCAUUUCUUUCGUUGUGUUUAAAUUCACUUAUUGUCACCUGCACUUUGUACACGAUACCAAUAUGUGGAGAUAAAAAGGAUUUGUGGAGAUGUGUAGUCGGUUUUUUAAUUACUUAGGAGUUUGGUUGCAUUCGCAAUUAGGAAUUGGUUGGUUAAGUGUUGGUCCUUCAAAAUCCAUUCUCACCUAUUCACUAAUCGGAAGCUCACAGGGCAUGAAUAUUUUUGUUUAUAUGGCUUGAACAAUGUCUCCAAAUUUAAGACAUUUCUUACGACGACGAUAUUGGUUUCGUUUAUUUCGAUAAUUACAAAAUUAUUCGCGCUCUGUAAACAUUCGACUACUUUUUCGCCAAUUUGUGUGUUUUGCCAUCCACCAAAAUUAGGCAUGUCACAUACUAAACGUUUCUGAAGUGAAGUGUGCACGGCACCAAGCGUUGUGUUUUAGACAUUCGUUACUAUAAAUUGUGUGCUUUUUUGGCUAGAUACUUAUACCGCGCCACUUUAAAACUUGCAUUGCUCAUAAUAUAAAAAUAUAUAUUACAAAAGACUGAGUCGGUGUAUAGUUUUGUUUAUUUAUUUAAUUUUUCGACUUCAGUCUUUACCUUUAAUCUCAUGUAGAAUUUAUGUACAAGUUGUAACCACCAAAAUAAUUUUUGUAGUGCUAGUUUAGUUAGUAGAGAAACAACAUUAGAGAUUUUAUAUUAAUAUUAAUUAAUACAUGUGUAACUGUAAUGUAAUAAAUAUCUCUUUGUUGAUUCCAAGUUAAUUAGCAUUGCAUUUUCCUCGAUAUACUUUACUCUUAAUUGUAACGAAUUAAAGUUCACAAACAAUAUCGUUUUGAGUAUCUAGUGGAAAGUGCUUAAUAGGUUUAUAGGUGCCAGUUAGCUUGGAAUAUUUUGUAAGUGAAUAAAGUCGUGCUGAAUGUGGUUGUCAUUUACAUCACAUUAAUUUAGGUUGGUAGUUAAGGCUAUUGUUGAACUGCCAUGAACUCUAAACAUAAUAAUAUAAUCGUAAAUUUCGCUCUCGUUCACGUGUAGCUUUGCGACUUUCAUUCACAUAUUUUUGUUGUCGAACAGAAAUGAUAUCAAGGCUGUUGCAAUAACAAUAUUAUGCCAAAAGGCGCUAGUUUAGAGUAUAACAGAUUAUGAAUGUUUUAAUUGACGAAUAUUGAUUAGAGAGAGUAUUUCAUAUCUUGUAUAAAUAUAUAGAUAGCUAAAAUCCUAACAUAAGCACUCGUAUUUGCCCAAUAUUUUUUACUUGCUAAACGCAGAGUUUUACUCGCAGAGUUCGCUUGGCAUUGACUUUUUUCCUAUCAUCGUAAUUGUAAUAGUGAAAAUAUUAUUUUAUGUUUAGGACAUGUAGUAUGGUCACUAUGUAACAUUGCUUAUAAUCAUUUCGGUCCAACGAAUAUAUUUUAAGAGACCAUGAGAUCCUUGUGUAAGAAUUAUUUGUAAUCCUCAUUUUGUGUUUUAUUUAUGCUAGGGUAACUGAGCUAUACUGCCGACCACUAACUAAAACGUGUGUCAAAUAUCCACUUUAAAUAGCAAAAGGUAGAGCACAAAAUUCACUUUAAAAACUGUUAAAAUGAGUUAACGUGUUUGACUUAUCGGGA